UCAAAUUGCAGUCUAACAGAAUGGCAAAGAACAUUAUUUCCAAUUAUGGUACAUAAACAUAAUUUAGUUACAACGGAGGAAACCAUUUUUUUUAGUUAGUUAGUUAGUUAGAAUGUGUUUAGUUGUUAAGCGUUAGAUUUACACAGUCAUAAUCAUUUAGUUACGCAAAUAUACAUUAUAAGAAUUCAAAAAUAUCAUAUAUACUAGGAGCUGGUGGAUUUCAAAGGUUUAGAGUUGCUUGAGGUAGAAAGUAGAAAUUGUUUGUUGUCGUUGCGCUCUGAAUCUGCCGCUCAUACGUCAUCACUGCGCGCCAGAACUAAGCGGCAAUUCUUUCCCAUUGAAUAGCCAGUAGAAAAAAAGCACAGAGUAGAAUAGUCAAACUAACCGCUCAGCUAAUUAAUUACGGGAUAUUAUUAAAAACGGAAAUAUUCAGAAAUGAUUGAUACAAUCGAAAAAGAAGACAAUAUUAUCAGCGAGGAGGAGGCUGCACAAUAUGAUCGACAGAUUCGCCUUUGGGGUCUCGAUGCUCAAAAGAGACUUAGGGGAUCACGGGUACUUCUUGUUGGUCUCCGGGGUCUUGGUGCAGAAGUAGCGAAGAACCUUAUUUUGGCUGGGGUCAAAGGACUGACUCUCCUGGACCAUGAGCAGGUGACAGAGGAGUCCAGGCGUGCUCAGUUCCUGAUCCCUGUGGAUGCAGAUGGUCAGAACCAGGCACAGGCCUCUCUGGAGAGAGCUCAGUUACUCAAUCCAAUGGUUGAAGUGAAGGCAGACACUGACGAAGUGGAAAGCAAGCCGGAUGAUUUUUUCUUCCAGUUUGAUGCGGUUUGUCUGACCAGGUGCUCCAAAGACCUCAUGGUGCGAGUGGACCAGCUCUGUGCCUCCAGGAACAUCAAGGUCUUCUGUGGAGAUGUGUAUGGCUAUCAUGGAUACAUGUUCUCUGACCUUGGCCAGGAGCAUCACUAUGUAGAAGAAAAGCCCAAAGUGGUGAAAGCGUCAAAUGAGGCCAAUGAUGCUCCUGAGGCAAAGAAACCAAAGAUUGACCCAAAUGAGACUACAAUGGUGAAAAAGACCGUCAGUUUCUGCUCUCUCAAAGAAGCCCUGGAGGUUGACUGGACUAACGAGAAGGCCAAAAGCAAUCUGAAGCGUACUCCUGCAGACUACUUCCUUCUGCAAGGCGCUGUCUCAGAGAGAUGCUCCGCACAGGAACUUUUUCUUCUUCGACGGCCUGAAGGGCAGCGGGGUGGUCGACUACUUCGGAUCCAAAUAAGUGGCCCCUGGAGAACGCGGGAGAGAUGUGUGGCGAUGCAUGUGUGCUCUCGAAACACCAUGGAGUUUAUCUUCUGCCAGUGUGCCACAGGCAUCAAAAUCUGUCUUUUGGACGGUACCUUUGCGUAGCAGUAUGCCACACAUCAACCGAUGCCAAGAGCAAUGAGAACAUUUUGUCCACACGCUCUGAAAUAUUCAUGCACACACGUUUUUCACCAAGGUUAUGUGAUUUCUACAUUUUGUAUUAAAACAAUAAAAGCCCGUUAGAAAGUAAA